AUGUCAUUGUUAAGCCCAUACGUUUGUGUUUGGGUGGAUUCGUUUGGACGUCAAAUUGAACAAGGAAUUCAACCACAUUUCAGCCAUCAGGAGCCUCUUUAUCCAAUAAUAGCUUCAUGGCCUUUUGAAGCUUUGGGACUCAACUUGGUUGGACCUAUCACACCUAAAUCAUCGGCCGACCAUUCUUACAUCCUUGCAGGAACUGAUUAUUUUUCUAAACAGACAAAAGUCAUGCUAUUAAGAGAAGCAAAGAAGAAAAACAUUGUAAAUUUUGUUCAAACACACAUCAUUUACAGAUAUGGUAUUCCUCAACACAUCGUGACUGAUAAUGGAAGACAAUUUGCUAACACUCUGAUGGACAAGCUGUGUGAGAAACUUAACCUCAAACAGUACAAGUCUUCUAUGUACAAGGGCGCAACAAAUGGAUUGGUAGAAGCAUUCAGCAAAACUCUGUGCAAUCUUCUGAAAAAGGUGAUCUCCAAGACAAAAAGAGAUUGGCAAGAAAAGAUUGAGGAAGCAUUGUGGGCCUACUGA